AUCAUAUCAAAUCCUACCUACAACAUAAGAAUGACUUGUUAAAUUUACAAAUUACCUGUUGUUUAGCAAGACUUCUCUUUAACCAUAAUAAACCGCUACAAAGUAAACCAAUCAAAAAGCUUUUCCAAACGUUCGUCCCUCUCCGAAAGCCUCUAUCAAAGACCCAAUCUCUUUCUUUACCCGAUUUGUUGCUGACGAAUUGCCCCCCACCCAUGUAAAAAUUUCUAAUUAUCAUCCUCAUCAAUAUCAUCAUCAUCAGAAUUCAUUACCAACCUUUCCCUAUUUCUCUCACCUACGAAGCCGAAAAAAGGGGGAAAAAUAUCUAGGGUUCGUUUGUUCGUUUGAUUAAACAAUUUAGGGUUUCGAUUACGGGAGAGAUUUCACUUUGAUUGUGAAGCGUUAGGGUUUAAUAACAAUUGAGAAGAUGACGGGAGAAGCUGAAGAAGAGACAGAGUAUGAGAGUGAUCCAGAAGAAGCCAAGAUGUCUUUGAAGAUGCGAAGGAGAGAAGCGAGCGACGAUGAGGAUUGCGAGGAUGAACGGAGGAGACCAUCUGGAAUCGUUGAUUCCGAUGCUGAUUCGGAUGAUCAAGGAGCUGCGGCUGAGUAUGAUGAUGAAGAGGAAGAGGAAGAGGAAGAGGAAGAGGAUGAUGAAGGGUAUUAUGAUGAGCAGGAAGUUUAUGAUGUAGAAAAGAGAGUGAUUGGUGAACGUGAGUAUGAAGAAGAAGAGAGAGAUGUCGGUGUCGGUGGUGGUGUUGAUGCGAAGGGUGAAGAGGAGGUUUUGGAGGCAAAGUCUGUGGGAGAAGAGGACGAGGGCCAAUACGCGGAGCAAGGUUAUGGAGAGGGUGAAGGUGGAGAAGAAAAGAAGGAGAAUGAGCCGUUUUCUGUUCCUACUUCUGGUGCAUUUUAUAUGCAUGAUGAUCGUUUCAAAGAUAAUGCUGCUGGUAAACAUAGGAGAACCUUUGGUGGUAGAAAAUUGUGGGAAUCUAAAGAUGAUAGGAAGUGGGGGCAUGAUAAAUUUGAGGAAAUGAACACCGAGGACAGGCAUCCUGAUGAGAGAAGGAGGUCUUCUAAAGGAUUGUAUCGUGGCCGUGGGAAAGCUAGAGGUGGAGAGCGUGGAUAUGCUCGAGGUGGUAGGAUGAGAGGGUAUGGUGGUAAUUACAACCAGAUUACCCCUCCUAAGGAUGUGCGAGGCAGAGGUCCUAGAAGAUAUCAACCUGCUAUGAAGAGUAGGAGUGAAGCUUUCCCACAGCAUACCAAACAAUCGGCAAAGUCACAAGAUAAAAAUUCACAUUCUGGUUCUGGCAGAGUUGCUGCAACAGCAAACCAAAAUUUGGAGCAUGAACCAGUUCCUGCUAAGAAAGUUGCCUCCAACCUAAGCUCUGCUUCUCCUCCAUUUUAUCCAUCGGGUUCAUCCAAUAAGGACAACAUGCCCUUGACUCGGGAUGUGGAGGUACAAGCUAGUAAUCACAACCGAAAUGUUCGUUCUUUUGCUGUGGAACAUAACAUUUCUAUGCAACAUUCAACUUCAUUAACGCGAGGGAAGAAUGUUAUUGAUUCCAUGGCUUUGGACAAGUUGCACAUUGAUGAUUCUAUUUCUCGGGCCAGUGUGAAGCCAUUGAGUAAUAUGCACUUGUCCACUUCUGCUUCUCCACCAGUAGGUGCUAACCAGAUGGCUCAAUCUAGACCACAUGGAAGGGGUAUAGCACCAUCUGGAUCUGCCGUAUUUCAACCUCAAACAAAUAACAAAGUUGACAAAGUUUCUUCACAAGCAGUUCAAGCUUCUCAGAGACUUCCUGUUCAAAGCCAAGGUCAAUCUUCUCAGCAAGCUCCUAGUCAGCAACUUUUCCAACAUCCUCUUGGUGGUUCUCAAACUCCAUCCCCACCAAAAGCAGGCAAAGGAAGUGCCCAGGCGAUUGGGAGGGGUGCGCUCGCUUAUGGUGGUGGACAAGUAAUGGCGCCAGGUGGAAAUGUAGGUACUGGUCAUGGUGAUCCAAAUCUUCCAGCUUUCUUCCCAGUCAUGCAAUUUGGAGCUCAGCAUCGUGGUGGAAUUCCUGCUGUUGGGAUGGCAUUUCCUGGAUAUGUUGCUCAACCGAACGGUCUUGGAAAUUCUGAAAUGACGUGGUUACCAGUACUAGCAAGUGCUGCAGGUGCUUUGGGAGCAUCAUAUUGUCCACCUUAUAUUGCUGUUGAUGGUUCUUAUAAUACCCACCCAACAGGGCAAACGUCUGCCCUUCCUGCCCCAAGCAAGGAUAACAAUCUCAGUAAACCUAAUAAUGAAUUAAAGCCUCAGCAAAGAUGUGAUCUGGCGAAUGAUGAGUUUAGUCAGAGACAAACUAAGCCUCGCAGAUACUCGGAGAUGAAUUUUAGCCAAUGAAGUACAUAAUGAACGUUUCUGCCUUGUUUAAAUAAGAUUAUGGAAGUUGUUUCCUUGGAAUUGAAAAUACUGCGUGGUUGGCUUAUGAACCCCGAUUCAUCCUCAUGAUAGGGCUCCCUUUCUAACAACCGUUGUGCUCUCGCACGUUUGUGUGAGACCACAUUGGGCCCUCCAUGUCUCAGAGAAAUGUUAGUUUUACGGUGUGCAUCGGCUUAAGCUGUUUCAGUUUAGAAGAUCACUGCCGUGAAGAGUUGGUUUGUUGCUUUCUGUUUGACAUACGGUAUAAAUUAUGGACCAAACUAUUUUUUUCAUUGAUUGGGCUUGUUGCCUUUGAUAAUAGCAUUAUAAGUAUGUUGGUGUUCCAUGCUUGUAUGAUUUUUAGGUUUUUUCGGGUGGCUUGGUUUUGAUGAAGCUCCUUCAAUUAGAAGGCUUGUUUUGAGGAAAUGUUUGAUGAAGAUGUUCAUAAAGCCAAACCUAAUGUGCAAUAUGCAUUUGCUGUAUACAUAUUGAGAUUAUUUUUGUUCUUUCCUCUUUAAUGUUGGUUAUUGGUAAUUUGUUCUUGGUCUUUUCUUUGUUCUAGUCCAUUCGAGUUAAAUGUGGUUAUAAGGAAAAAAUCAGUAGCCAUAUCACUGUCGAUUAGGGCAAUCUGUUUUGUUACAAAUUGGUUUUCUGCUUGAUGAGACAGACGUUUGUGUGCAUCUUUUCUGCUUGUGUUCUUCCUAUGCUUUUGAGUUAAUCUCUUUCCUUGUGACUUGUGGGCAAUGUAAGAGGACAUUGAUAUUUGAUAUUUGAUAUUUGAUAUAUGUGAUUGUGAUCCUUGUUUGUUGUGAGGGA